UUUGUUUUCAAUAUUUUCAGUUCAGAAAUGUCAGGUAUCAGGUGUUGUGAUGUGCAUUGGUGAAAAGUGUUUUUCCUCAGUGAAAACUAUAAAGACUUUCGGUAUAUUUUUAAUAGUUUGUUAAGGUUCGUGCACUCUUUACUUUCAGGAAAAAUAGGCUAUUCAACAGUACAAUUGGACUACAAUAAGUUAUGAUUUAAUAUCUCAUAAUAUCAAUUCAAAUGAAUUUACUAGGAAUGCACAGAAGGAAAAGGAAAUAUGUACAUUAAGACAAGAUAUGCUAUAUAAUGAGCAGUGGAAGAAGCCAGAUAUGGCGUCGACGAACAACAUUUUGGAUAAGGGCUGGUCUGAUCUUGUUUAUAGUGAUAUUCGUAUGGGUGCAAGUAAGUUUCGUGGAUUUCGGAGGCUCCGUUUCCACGUACUCGGACAUCAACGACUCCCAGGCGGCUAUACUUAGCAUGGUGCCCGUCGUCCUACACAAAUUCCUCGCACCCAAGCCUAAGAACAUGACGAACAUCGGUCUAAACGGCAGCUACAAUAAUUUAGGCUAUUAUAAGGCAUCUCUUAAUAUAUCCGACAUCAAACGAAACAUCGCUCAAUACAAUCUUCAACAAACUGUUUACAACGAAGACCUUUUCGGCCCGCUACAAAACGACUCCAUCGUUAUAGUAAUACAAAUCCAUGAUAGAAUAACAUACUUGCGUCACCUGAUAGUAAGCCUGGCUCAGGCUCGCGACAUAUCUCAAGCAUUAAUCGUUUUUUCCCAUGAUUACUAUGACGAAGAGAUAAACAACUUAGUACAGAGCGUGGAUUUUUGUAAGGUCAUUCAAAUAUUUUACCCUUAUUCCAUUCAGACGCAUCCUCAUGAAUUUCCUGGAGAGGAUCCUUCAGAUUGCCCUAGAGAUAUGAAGAAAGACAAAGCACUGAAAGUGAAAUGUAACAACGCUUUGUACCCAGAUUUGUAUGGGCAUUACAGGGAGGCUAAAUUUACUCAGACCAAGCAUCAUUGGUGGUGGAAAGUGAACCGAGUUUUCAAUCAGCUGGAGGUAACCAGGAAUCACACAGGUUUGGUGUUGUUCUUGGAAGAAGAUCACUACGUUGCUGAAGACUUUAUUCAUAUUUUGAGACUGAUGGAGAGGACUUGUAAGGACGCUUGUCGCCAUUGUAAUAUUUUGUCUUUAGGAACCUAUUUGAAAACGUACAAUUACUAUGGAGACUCAAAAAAGAGAGAGGCUUUGCGCGCGAAACAGAAGACCAAAAAAAAAUUCGCAGAUGUUCAGCCAUCUUGGACGUUUCAGGUGUUGCCCUCGUUGUAUCAGCACCCGCAAAAGGUUGAAAUAACACCGUGGAUAAGCAGUAAGCAUAAUAUGGGAAUGGCUUUUAACAGAAGUACGUGGAAUGGAAUUGUAAGAUGCGCUGCGUAUUUUUGCAAAUACGAUGACUACAAUUGGGACUGGUCUUUGCAACAUAUUUCGCAAAAUUGUCUGAAACAAAAAUUGCACGCCAUGGUAGCUAGAGGACCCAGAGUUUUUCACAUUGGGGAAUGCGGGGUCCAUCACAAGAAAAAUAAUUGCGGUUCGACGGCGGUCAUCUCCAAGGUCCAGCAAGUGUUGAAGUCGGCAAAAAGGCAUCUGUAUCCGGACUAUUUAAUAUUAAAUUUGGCAACUGUGCUGAAGAAGACCAAAUUAAGGAAAGGAAAUGGGGGAUGGGGGGACUACAGAGAUCACAAAUUGUGCAUGAGCAUGACUAUAAGAUGAAGCAGUUCAAUAUUUCCUUCCUGGUAUUAAUAAAUAUCUACAUUUAUUUAUUUCCUGACACACACAAACAGAUAUCUCUAUUUUAUCAUGACAUACAGUGUGGUAAAGAGCGGAAUGACAUUGUGUAUUAUUCACUGCACAAACUCAAUAAGUACUUGGCUUUCUAAAGUCUUGUUUAAAAGGAGCAUCGGUACCUCUAUGUAAAAACCAGGAACUCAGAUUUCACCUUUCGUAAAGAUGUAAACUUUUUGCGUCAGCCUCUAUAUGUAUUCUUGGCUUAAUUCUAUCUAUCCACUUCCUAAUAUUAAAUAUUUGUUUAACCGCAGACAAUAAAAAUCACAGUUUUUAAACGUUAUUAGAUCCUCAUACCGAUACAAGCGAAAGAUGUUUCAACGAUAUUAGCGAACAAAAAGUUCUAACUGACACAAUGGUACUCGUGAUAUUUUUGCUAUAAUUUGCUAUUUACAUUUUUUUUAUAGAUUUUAGUAAAAUAUUUUUUAAAACGUGCUUGCUCAUAUAUUAUAAUACAUCUAAAAAAAUAGUUCUUCCUUUUAAACUAAAUUAAUACUUUAUACAUGGUUGAUUAAUACUUUAAGGUUGUAAGAUAACGUGGUAGUAUUAUACCAAGACACGUGAUAAAGUUUAGAAAAAAAUCUCAGGUAUAUAAUUUAUAAUUUUGAAACUAUAUGAACCUGUGUAUUUUGAAGUUAUCUAACAACCUUAAAUGUAAAGCAUGCUUGACGAGGAAUUUUAAAUAUAGGAAGAUAAUAAAAAUAAAACUACUUUUAGCAUGUAAGUGAAAGACCUUUGGACAGUCCCAACACUGCACAUAUAUAUUUUAAAUGAUCUAGUCAGUUUUCUUAGAAUAUAUCUAAUUUUAUGACAUUAUUUUAGAUCUGAGUAUAUUUACGAAUUCUAUAGAUUUUCUGUAUUCAGUAAUGAUUUUCAGUGUUUGUCUGAAAAAGACUUGUUCUAGAACAAUGCAAAAGAAUUAUCCAUUAUAUAUUUAUUGGCAAUAAUUUCUUUACUUUUCAGAUAUUUUUGUCUGUAUAUUUUUAGAUUGAUUUAUAAAGAACGAAGUUGUGAAAUUCUUUUAUAUUAGUGUAUUUAACCACAUUUAUGUCAUCAUGAUGUAUGUUUAUUUAAUAAAAAAUUGUAUUAUUUUGUUAGUAGAAAAUUUACACAUUGUUUAGGCAUAACAUGUAGUCGCAUUUAUCUAGUCUCUUGUUGAAAUUAUAUUCGUUUACAUUUUUUCAUUUUUAUUUUUGUUGAAUGUGAUAGUUUUCAUAGUUUAUGAUGUAAGAUUUUUUAUUUUUGUGGCCAUAUUACACGAGAUAAUUAUUUUUUUGCUGUUAAUUUGAAUUGAAUACUACUUUCCUGAAAAAGAUUAGGGAGCAGAAUAAAGAUUUUUACUAAAAAUACACUUUGAAAUAUGUAUUAUUUUUUACUUGUUGUGUUUAUAUAUAUGUAAUAUAAGUAUAAAAGAA